CGAAGUCGUUACAUUUCAUAUUUUCGAAUGUCAAAACAUCAUGUCAGUUUUUCCUCGGAAAUUUUAUAUUGAUGUAAAACGAAGAAUACAAUCUUCAGCGGUCUAUUGAUUGCAGAUAUACACGAAAAAUCAAAAACAAAUACUUUUACUUGUAACCUGACAGUUUGAAAGCUUCAACAGAUCAGGAUGGCUUGCGCACCUUGUGGCGAUGCUCCGCCAUGUCUUCCUGUGGUAGCAGAUACCAUGCCAAAAACAGUGGUCAAUCCAUGUCAACCUCAUCAAUGCAACGGACCAGACUGUUGUAAUGUUUGUGUGCCAAUGGUUACACCAGCGCUCCCCGUACCUCCAAGACCUCGAAAGUUGUGCAAAUACAUUCAACCACCAAGGCCAAAAUCCUAUGCACCUGAGAGAACUUUCAUACCUCCGAUAGCGAAAAUGGAGGAUAACACAAUAUACAGAAAAUCCUAUUUGCCGAACGAGGGAGGUAGACCUUGCGCCAUAUUACCCGAGAACAAUCUUUGUGUUGGAGAAGGAAAGAUAUCAGACAAUACUGUUCACAAGAUGUCUUUUCUGCCCCAUUGCCAGAAGCCACCAACACCGAUUAUACCCUGCUCCCACAAACUUCUUGGUGAAGGCCCGAUGCAAGAUUUGACCACCCAAAAGCACGACUACGUGCCAAAGCCAUUCUCGAAGCCAUGUCUGAUAAUUCCCCCUUUAAGUUUAUAUGGAAGUGACUGUCCGUUGAGUGAUAAAACUGUCAAUCGUUUGUCUUAUAUGCCUGUCGAUCCAUGUAAAGUCAAAGUCUCCCCGAUUUAUCCCAUUGAUGGCCUGGAGAAACCCUGCGGAAGGAUGAGUGAUAAGACUAUCCAUAGCAUGUCCUUCCAAGCCUGGCAACCACCAGAACCGAUACCGACACCAUGGGCGCUCAAAGCGCCAUAUCAACCGCCAGUCCAGAGAAUGGAAGACAACACUGUAAAUCGUAUGAGUUAUGUUCCUCCAGGACAGUACGUGGAAUGUGCUCCAGAUGACCCAGAUUGCGUAGAAUGUCCAGAUCCUUGUAACGAACAGGACCCUAAUCAUUUCAGGAAAGAUCCGAACUGCAGAGCUGCUUGCUGCUGUCCUAGAGCGGCUUGUUGAGACUAUUGAAGAAUUUUAUCCGCUGGGAAGUAAUAUUCCGUUUUACUUGUUCUUUCUAUACAAUCCAUGUUUGUAGAAAUUAUCGAAGUAUCUUUUAUGGCGAUUGUUUCUAUGGAUACAUGCACAAUAUACCAUUUUAUUGAA